AUGGUGGCGUCCAUGGACGACGUGCCCGCGGCUGCGGCGGCCGAGCGGCCCUCGAUCUCGGCCAAGAAGCCUCGCCGCGUGGCGUCUCUGCUCAUCGACAACUAUGACUCGUACACGUACAACAUCUCGCAGAUGCUGGCGCAGGUCAACGGGUCUCCGACCAGCGUCGUCGUGAUCCGCAACGACGACUUCGGCGGCCAAUUCGCGGCCGCGUGGGACCAUUUCGUGGCCCAAAGCAGUGCAAUCGCAGCACAGCAGGGCGUGGACUUGGAGCUCAACGUGGUCAUCUCGCCCGGCCCGGGCCACCCCGCGGAGCCCAAGGACUUCGGCAUGUGCGCGGACGCCAUCCGCCACGCGGCGGUGCCCGUGCUGGGCGUGUGUCUGGGCCACCAGGGACUGGCCCAGGUCUAUGGGGGUCAGGUGGUGGAGGCCAAGGAGGUCAUGCACGGCCGCACCAGCCGCGUGUUCUUCCAGGAGGGCGACAAGGCGCUGCUCGCCCACGUCCCCAAUGGCUUCGAGGUGGUGCGCUACCACUCGCUGGUCAUUGACCCGGAGAACGUGCCACAGGAGCUGGAGGUGACUGCGCAGACCGAGGACGGCGUUAUUAUGGCGGUGCGACACCGCUCCAAGCAGCAGUUCGGCGUGCAGUUCCACCCCGAGGCAGUGUGCAGCGAGUUCGGCUACCAACUCUUCCAGAACUUCCGGGAUGUGACGCUCGGCCAAUGCGCCUCCAAAUGCGAGCUGCACCACAGCAACCACCCGGAGAAGACCGCCACUAAGACAGUGUCGGAGGGCUCUAUUGGCCAGUCUACGGCGGAGUAUAGCUACCGUGUUCAAGUUGAGCGUGUUUCGAGUGCACUGGCGUCGUUGGACUUCGCCGAGUUCGUGUUUGGUGAACUCUUCGGAGCCUCGAAGCGAUCGUUCUGGCUGGACAGCAGUAACCACAACACUGUUGCUGGCUCCGACGCUGCGCUCCAGUCGCGAUGCUCGAUGAUGGGCGACGACAGCGGGCCCCUGGGCUACUGCGUGGAGUAUGACGUUGCCAAGAUGGAGCUUCGUAUUCGUCGUCGUCAGGCUGAUGCAGAGGACGAGAAGGUUGAUAUUUAUCCAGGACAAGACAUCCUAGCUCACGUGCGAGAAGUGAUGCAAGCUCAUCGCUGUCAUGACGUCGUGGUUCAAGAUGAGAAGGAGCUGCCUUUCGCCUUCCGCGGUGGAUUCGUGGGGUACUUUGGCUAUGAAGUGCUGGGAAGCGAACAAGAAGGCAAGGAGCAGUUCAACGACAAGUUUGGCGUCGAGGGAGAGCGCGCUCCGGAUGCCUCAUUCGUAUUUGCCGAUCGGACGUUGGUGUUUGACCACCGCGAUGGCGUUAUCUAUUCGCUCUCCGUCAGCGAAAACAAUGACGAGAGCAAGCGCGUGAGUCAGCAAUGGCACGACGCCAUCAAGGCCAAGUUGCAGCAGCUUGCCGAGGCUUUCAAGCACAAGUCAAGCGCCAGUUCAUCCCUUCCGAACAGCGUCACGCCUGGAGCAGAUGAAGUGAUUUUCCGUCCGUCACGGAGCCGCGCGCAAUACGUCGCCGACAUCGAGGAGAUCCAACGCCUGAUCCGCGCUGGCGAGACUUAUGAAGUGUGCUUGACGAACCACUUGCGCGCGGAAUACGCUCUCCGCGAUCCGUUGGCAUUCUACCGUAUGCUGCGUCGACGAAACCCCGCUCCGUUCGCUGGCUUUUACCUGAGCAACCCCAAAAACCGCUUCCAGACUCCAGAGGAGGUGAAGAGCUCGAAGGAACCUGCUGCAAUGGAGGACACCUACGCGCUGUGCUGUUCGUCGCCCGAGAGGUUCUUGAGGGUGGAUGCGGACGGCUGGAUGGAGUCCAAGCCCAUUAAGGGAACACGUCCUCGCGGCCGUGACCCUAAGGAGGACGCCACCAUUGCCGAAGAGCUUGCGAGCUGCGAGAAAGACCGAGCCGAGAACAUGAUGAUCGCCGACCUCGUGCGCAAUGACUUCGGCGUUGUAGCGCGCGUCGGAUCCGUGCACGUGCCGCGUCUUAUGGGCGUCGAGACGUACGCCACCGUGCACCAGCUCGUGACUACCGUUCGUGCUCAGCGGGGCGAGGACGUGGAUGUUGUGGAUGUGUUGCGCGCCACGUUCCCCGGUGGCUCCAUGACUGGCGCUCCGAAGAAGCGCACGAUGCACAUUAUCCGUGAACUCGAGCGGGCCCCACGUGGUGUAUACUCCGGCGGCCUGGGCUUCCUGUCACUCGACGGUAGCUGCGACUUGAACAUCAUCAUCCGCACAGCUAUCGCGACUCCCAACAGUGUGACGCUCGGUGCUGGUGGGGCCAUUGUCGCCCUCUCGGAUAGUGACGACGAAUACGAUGAAAUGCUGCUGAAGGCUCGAGCUCUCGUUGCAACCAUCGGCGCGUAUGCCACGGGCAAUGACAACGGCUCCGGGGCUCGAGUUGUGGUGAACUAG